GCUCCGCCUCCUCCCGGGGCAGCGGGGCGGGCCGCCCGCUCGGGCCUUGCUCACCGAGGCUUUUUCCGCGUUGGGGAAAAGGCUGAUGGAGUCUUCGGAAAGCGGUGGAGCGGCGGCGGGGGGAGGCAUCGCCCUGCACGACUUCAGCGGGCGGCUGGGCGAGCAGCGCGUGCACUUCCACGCCAUGCGGCUGCGGGAUUCGCUUUUCCUGUGGGUGGGCGCCGCCCCCGCCCUCGCCAGCCUGGCCGUCGCGAUGUGCACGCCCCGCGACAGCAUCCCAGUGGCCGCCUCGCUCCUGGGGGAUCCGUCCGACACCGCCUCCGCCUGCCUGGCGCAGCGCUUGGCCAGCAAGACCAAAAAACAGAUAUUUGUCAGCUACAAUCUUCAAAACACAGACAGCAAUUUCACCUUACUCAUAGAAAAUAGGAUCAAAGAAGAAAUGAUGGCUUUUCCAGAGAAGUUCUGACUUUGCAUCAUUGUAAAAUAACCUGGUUUUGUUUUAGGAAAAAAGAUCGCAAUUUUCACACCGACAUUACAUUAGUAUAUUUGUUUUGUAUUGUUUUAUUUGCAGUCGCUAUUAAAUAUAGAUGGACCUAAAUACA